AUUUCAUUGAUUCCACCUUACCAUCGAUAGCUGCACAGCAGACUGCCCCUAAUUGAACUGGAAAUUCGAUUAUGCACCACAAAAACAUCCUCCUCUGUUUUUCCUAUCACUGAAUUCGCAGCUUUGCUUUCUUCAUUCCUCGAUCUAACUAUCACAUUCCACUAUAGCUCUGAAGAGCUUUGACAUCACACGAUUUUUACGCGAGCAUCAUCACGAUGUCGGCCUCAAAGAAGCUUGUUGUUUGUGGUGGAACCGGUUUCUUGGGCUCUCGUAUCUGCAAAUAUGCUGUUGCUCGAGGAUGGGAUGUAACCUCCAUCAGCCGUUCUGGUGACCCUCGAUGGGACACUAUCAGUACCUCGGCUACACCUCCGUCUUGGGCACAUAAAGUGAGCUGGGAGCGUGGUGAUGUUCUUCGUCCGGCUACGUAUGCUCCAUUACUCAAUGGCGCUGACUUCGUAGUGCACAGCAUGGGGAUCCUCCUAGAGGCUGAUUACAAGGGCGCCAUCUCAGGCAAGGAAUCCCCCAUUGCUGGUCUUCAGAAAGCUUUUGCUCCCGUCCGUGAUCGAGGUGUGGACCCUUUGGCUAAAGGACAAGGGGAGGACAUCAAGCCUCCAAACCCCAAGGAUCAAUUCACAUAUGAGAUUAUGAACCGCGACAGUGCAGUCACAUUGGCUAAGCACGCGGUUGCUGCUAAAGUGAACGCCUUCUGCUACAUCUCUGCUGCAGCAGGUGCUCCUGUUCUCCCCCAACGAUACAUAUCGACCAAGCGAGAGGCCGAGAUCACCAUUGCCAACAAGUUCCCAGAACUCAGAGGACUUUUCAUCCGCCCUUCUUUCAUGUUUGAUAGCUCACGCCCGGUAACAAUGCCUCUGGCUGCAAUGGUUGGCCUUGGCACAGCCUUCAACGGUCUUACAGGCAACUACUUUAGGACUUUCAUCGGUGCGGCGGGAGUUAAGCCUCUAAAGGUCGAGACUGUGGCGGAGGCGGUGGUUGAGGCCCUGGGUGAUGAGACCAUCAAGGGUGCCAUCGACGUGCCUGAAAUUGAGGAGUUGGCGAGCAAAGCGUGGAGGAAAACCAUGCUGUAGGAUAUUGUGCAGUACUGUAUUAAAAGCAAAGGCGCUAAACCGUAUGAUAAUCGACUGGACCAAAACCUAACUUAACAUCUUGUUUGUUUCAAAUCAUUGUUCCUCGUUCAAAGCUAUCCCUGAUCUCUGCGGUAUACUUGUUGUAGAACCGCGAGAGCUUCUGGUUGAAUUGCUUAUUCUUUUCGUUGAUGUACGUCACAUCGCCAUCGUCCCCGUUCUGUGCCAUCCUCUCCUUUCGCUUCUUCAGCCUUUGUUCUUCUGCUCUCUGCAGGUCUGCCACCAAGCGGUCGACUGCUGCCUUGUCUGGCUUAUUUUCAGCAAACGUCGUGGAGUCGGCGGUAGAGUAGAAGGAGCCAUCCUUAUCCACCGCAAUGAGCU